UUUCUCUCUCUCCUCGCUCUCUCUCUCUCUCUCUAAGAUCGAGCUCUGCAGGUAUGCCCGGCUCUGCUGCUGCUGCUGCUCCUCCGAAUUCUGCCUCCGAAUCCGUCCUCGCUUCGAGCUUCGGUGCGUGAUCGCGUCUUCUUCGCGGGGGGACGUCGGAGCUUCUCGUCGGGACUGCUGCAGAGCUGUCGCUUUCAUAGUCUUCAUACUUCUUCUGCUGGUUUGACUGCGGUUUGGUUGAUUGAAGGGGGCUUGCUUCCUAAGCUGAUGUUUCAAGGUCAAGAUUGUCAUUUAUACCAGAACUGUCAAUCAAAUGCCAGCAUUAAGAAUGAAAAGCACACCAGAAUCUGACUUUUCUUCUCUGGGUUUCCUCACUGACAGAGAAGUGGCCACUCAAGAUAGUGAAUGCAAUGGAGCCAUUGCCAAACUGGAACAACUUGAUGAGGAAAAGAGUUAUCUAGAGAAGCAGGUGUCAUUUCUUGCUGAUUCAUCUUCUUCAGGCAAAAUGGAACCUUCCCAUUCCAGUCCAACUAAUUUGGAGACUAUUUUUUCUCCCAUUUUGGAGCCUGAUGAACUACUUAGCAUAGAAAGUGUCUCCUUUGACUUGGCAGGUAGCACUUGUGAUUUUGGUGUGGCAUUGUUGGAGGCAGAUGAAAGCUUUCAAAACAAGGGGUCAUGUGACUACCAAAGCUGCAGUAUAUCAGAUUUCUACAUCUCUGACAUGUUUAUCACGGGUUUACGACCUGAUGAUGUUACAAUGGAUGAUGAUGAUGCAACUGGAUUAAUGCCUUUAACUGGGUACGAGGGUGAUGAGUCAAGUAUGCUGUUUGAUGUCUCUGACAAAUACAUGAUGGUACCACUUGUAGGGAGUACACUUAUUGCUAGUGCAGUUGAAGAUACCAAGUCACAUGAACAAGGAACAGUUGAUCCAGAUGGACCCAGCUUUUAUAUGUCAAUGGAUCAGAUGAGAUGCUACAACUCUGAAUCAGAAUGCCAUUCUGAUUUGGACGAAGCUGAGUGCUUUGAUCCACAUUUGUUCAUCAGAACAUUACCGGACUUGUCCGAUGAAGUGUCGAGUUUUCAGCCCACAGCAUCGCACAAGGAAAUGCAGAAAAGGAAAUCUGUGACACUGGUGCUUGAUCUCGAUGAAACACUCGUUCAUUCUACAUUGGAGCCCUGUGAUGAUGCUGAUUUUACCUUUACUGUCUUUUUCAAUAUGAAAGAGCACACUGUAUAUGUCAAACGGCCUUAUCUGCAAACCUUCUUGGAGAGAGUUGCAGACUUGUUCAAUGUUGUUAUCUUUACAGCCAGCCAAAGCGUCUAUGCAGAGCAACUGCUUGACAUACUGGAUCCAUACCAAAAGCUAAUAUCACGUCGAGUUUAUCGUGAAUCAUGUACUUUUUGUGAUGGCACUUACACGAAAGAUUUGACCAUCUUAGGUGUUGACUUGGCUAAAGUUGCUAUUAUUGAUAAUUCUCCACAGGUAUUCCGGUUGCAAGUGAAUAAUGGAAUUCCUAUUAAGAGUUGGUUUGAUGAUCCAUCAGAUUGUGCAUUAGUAUCGCUCCUUCCCUUUUUAGAGACUCUGGUUGAGGCUGAUGAUGUACGUCCUAUAAUUGCUAGAAGAUUCGGUAACAAGGAAUAAAAACCCUCGUGAUCUACAUUUCUUAAAUAGCAGUCCCUUGUUCCUAUUGUUUGCCCUCUUACUGUUGUUUUCUUUUACGUGGUGUUUAGAUAAUUGUUAUAGGUCAAAUCAUAGAUUGUCAUAUUCCUAGUCUCCUUCAAUUGCUUCGAUGUUUUUCCAUUUUUUCCCUUCCUAUUGACAGUUCCACGAAGUGUAUUAGCUAAUUUUGUAAAAAGAUAGUUCCAGAAAGAGCUUGGCGAUUUCUGCUGUGGUUAAAAAAAUGAGCUAUAGCAUUCUUCCUGGCAGUGUGUAAGGAAACUUUAUAUUAUUGAGCUCCUGGCUUCUUAUGUCUGGCUAGGAAGCUAUUUUUGUAAUGUCUUGAGACUAUUUCCCCUGUAUAAAGGAAUUGAAAUUAAUGCCUGAAAUUCUUUCCGUUGUAAUACUCUUUUUUUACA